UCUAGAAUUCAAGUGUCUCUAGUUUUGAAGGUUGCAAUAACUUACUGAAGGGACGGCAAGUUUAGAAGUAAAACGAUUGUAACCAAUGUAAUCGUAUAGUGUUUGGCAACUGUUUUCUGAUUGGUUAAAAUUGAAUUCGCACUUUUAGCCAAUGGCGCAUUGGUAUUUGAAGGUGACCAAUUAGGAAGAAGUGCACGAAUGACGCACUUAAGAACUUGUAGCAAAUAAGAAUGAAACGCACAGAAGGUACUGAUUUGCAUAGGUCCCCUAUAAAUAGAGGGGAGUUGGCCCUCGUUUUACUAUUGUUCUUGACUUGCUCUGAGGGGGGGGGUGCUUAGCAACAUGCCUGAGCCCGCCAAGUCCGCCCCCGCUGCCAAGAAGGGCUCGAAAAAAGCCGUGACCAAAACCCAGAAAAAAGGCGACAAGAAGCGCAAGAAGAGCAGGAAGGAGAGCUACUCCAUCUACGUGUACAAGGUGCUGAAGCAGGUGCACCCGGACACCGGCAUUUCGUCCAAAGCCAUGGGCAUCAUGAACUCCUUCGUGAACGACAUUUUCGAGCGCAUCGCCGGGGAGGCGUCCCGCCUGGCGCACUACAACAAGCGCUCGACCAUCACGUCCCGGGAGAUCCAGACCGCCGUGCGCCUGCUGCUGCCCGGGGAGCUGGCCAAGCACGCCGUGUCCGAGGGCACCAAGGCUGUCACCAAGUACACCAGCUCCAAGUAAACGGGUUCCUUGCAUCGUUUCACCCAAAGGCUCUUUUAAGAGCCAC